UAUCAAUUUAUUAACAAUGCGAAGAUUAUACUUGAAUCUUGCCUCGGGAUAUGGAUCUCCAGCAGGAGAUACUUACCCGAAAGUUUUAAGAUUUAUUAGAUACGGCUGUGCGAAUCGAGCAUUUUAUCACCUCACCUUAAUGAAUCAAAAAAGUCAACAAAAAGUCAGAGCAGUUGAACAACUUGGCAGUUAUGACACAGUACACAACAAUCACAGUGAAAAACUUGUUGCUUUGAAUCUAGAAAGAAUUCAAUAUUGGUUUACUAGAGAUAUGAAAGUUACUCGGCCAUGCCUAGAAAUUUUAGGAUUAGCAGGAUUUUUACCAGUUCAUCCAAGAACUUACAUGAGAGCGUGGAGACAAAGAAGGUUGAUCAAAUAUAUGGAAUAAUUAAUGUAGUAUUUAUAAUUAAAUUAAUUGUACAUCUUAUUGUUUGAAUUAAAUGCAUUGUUAAAUUGAA